GGACGCUGAGGGGAGGGAGGGCAGGACGGGCAGGCUCCAACACUCGCUUCAGCUUCACCGCCGGCUCCAGCUAUGGCCUCGCUCGUGAAGAAAAUAAUCAGCACUACUAAGGCCCCUGCACUGGGUCCCUACAGCCAAGCCGUGCUGGUGGACCGGACAAUGUAUAUUGCGGGGCAGAUAGGGCUGGAGCCUUCCACUGGGCAGCUUGUCUCUGGAGGGGCAAAGGAGGAAGCCAAGCAGGCCCUAAAAAACAUGGGAGAAAUCCUGAAAGCUGCAGGUUGUGACUAUGGCAAUGUUGUGAAGACUACGGUUUUGAUGGCAGACAUGAAGGACUACAAUGAUAUUAAUGAUGUUUACAAACAAUUUUUCAAGUCAAACUUCCCAGCCAGAGCAGCCUAUCAAGUUGCUGCUUUGCCCAAAGGRGCCAGAGUUGAGAUUGAAGCUAUUGCCAUUCAGGGACCUCUCCAAGAUGCUUCAGCCUGACUAUAAGUAGAGACUGAGUAUCCACAAUGGCAGUUUUAGAUUUAAUUAUUACUUCUCCCKUAUAUCCGAUUUCUACAGUUGACUAACAUCAGUUACAUACAAUUGAAAUCASUAAACUCACCAAGGAAAGGUGCUUUCUUCAGGACUGGGGCCUUGGAUUCUCACAAAUAYGAGCUUACAGUGAGUUCUAUGCUGSCAAACCSUGAAA